AUGCCAAAAAAGAUCCUGUAUGAUCGUCUUCCAAGCAGUACGGAGGAUGAGAGUGAGACAGAGAACCCUGCAACUGAGAAAGAAUGGACAGUUCAGUAUGAUAAGAAAAAGGCUCCACUUCUGGGUUUGCUGCAAUUCGCUUCACGGUAUGAUCAAUUAUUACAAAUCUUGGGAUGCGCUGCGGGUGUAGUUGCUGGUUCUAUGAUGCCUUUGAUGAGCAUUGUGCUUGGAUCAUCCAUUCAAGUCUUUGUGUCGGCAAGUCAUAGUGAGAAUAAUUCGCUACUUUUACAAGAGAUCAAUGAUCGUGUUCUCUAUUUGCUGGGUAUUGGGGCUGGAGCUAUGGUGGCGUCUUACAUCCAAGCGGUAUGCUGGAUGGUUUCCGGCGAAAAUAUUGCAACGCGCAUUCGAGAAGCCUACCUGCAAUCAUUGCUUCGACAAGAUAUUCAAAUUCUGGACGGGAUAGGAGCUGGACAAGUAACGACGAGCAUCAGUUGUGAUAUCAACAUCAUACAGGACACGAUAUCUCACAAGACUGGCCUCUUCAUAUCCUCCUUAUCCACCUUUUUAUCUGCAUUCAUAAUUGCAUUUAUUCGAAAUUGGAGACUAGCGAUCAUAGUCAGCGCCAUCCUGCCAGCAAUGGUCAUUCCAACUGCUGUCAUGUCCAUGUUCGUGGCCAAUAAUGUGAAGGAAUCCUCAAUCCAAGCUUCUUUAGCACACACUGUUGCUGCUGAUGCUAUAUCAUCAAUCAAUGCCGUGAAGAGUCUCGGGAUACAGGAUGUAAUGACGAGACUCUAUGAUGAUCUCCUUCGACGCUCCGAGCGCUUUCUGUUCAAGAGGUCGUUCUGGCUAGGGUCUAUUUAUGGAUACGUUUUCCUAGUGCUAUUUUCGGCUUAUUCGCUGGCAUUUUGGGAGGGUUCUAGGCUCCUAGCAUCUGAUCAAUUACAUACUGGCAUUGUCGUCAAUGUUCUGUUCUCCGUCAUUAUCGGAACCCUUGCACUGGGACGCGUCACUCGAUUUCUGGAGUCUCUUACCACAGCCAUAUCGGUCAGUACUAAAAUUUUAGAGACUAUUGGUCGUGAGAACUACGGUCUCGAUUCAGAACCCAAAGUAAGAAGUUCAAUCCAGGGAAAUAUUCUGUUCCAAAAUGUCUCGUUUGCAUACGCAAGCCUUCCGGACGUCCUUGUUUUAGACGACAUUUCUUUGCAUAUACUUCCACGGAAAACAACAGCUAUUGUUGGGGCAUCUGGAUCCGGAAAGAGUACAAUCAUAGGACUUUUGGAGCGUUUUUACGAGCCGACCUCAGGCCAAAUUUUAAUUGAUGGCAUUCCUAUCACAGCAUUGGAUUUAUCUAGUUUUCGAUCUCAAAUGUCUCUUGUUUCGCAGGAACCCACUCUAUCUUCUACAACUAUCUUCGAGAACGUGUGCAUGGGACUGCUCGGAACUUCCUUCGAAUUUGCUAAGCCAUAUCGACAACUAAGCAUGGUAAUGGAAGCAUGCAAAUUAGCGGGGAUCUCCGAAUUCAUCGAGACCCUACCGGAUGGAUAUGACACCUUCGUUGGAAGCAAGGGUGUCCUUCUUAGUGGUGGGCAGAAACAACGCCUCGCGUUCGCUCGUGCUAUAGUUCGUGACCCAAAGGUCCUUAUACUCGAUGAACCUACAUCAGCCCUAGAUCAGGAAUCGGAAUCCAUCAUUCAAGCGGCUCUGGAUACAGUAUCCGCCACUCGGACAAUCAUAAUACUUGCACAUAAGCUCCAUACCAUCAAGAAAGCCGAUUCAAUCAUAGUUAUUGGUGAGGGGAAAGUGCUAGAGCAGGGCACUCACGAGGAUCUGUCGCAGAGUAAAGGGGCAUAUUUCUCACUCUUACAAGCACACCAGAAUCCUAAAACAUCAGAAUACGAUCGAGAGAAAGCAGAGAUCACACUUGGAGGAAAGGAGACGUUCUUGGAAGGAGAUAAUGCGAGGUGUUCGCCACCCCCAGUUGACGUCCUUAAACAGACUGAAAAGCCAGAAUGGGGAAUUACUCACUACUUCAUUCAAGUACUGAGAUUGAACGGACCAGAGAUACAUCUGAUCAUACUUGGAUUUCUCGCCUCCAUUAUAUGUGGUGCCAUUUAUCCCAUACAAGCCUUCCUAUUCGCAAAAAUGCUCGUUCUAUCAGGUUCACCCCAGGACGCCUCCUUUGGAGAUUCCGCGAAUUUCUAUUCCCUGAUGUUCUUCGUUAUCGCACUCGUUAAGUGUGUGUCACAAUUCACCUCCUCCUUCGCGCUCGGCGUGUGUUGUAAUAGAAUGAUCGGCCGAGUUCGCUCAACGGCAUUUCGAAACAUUCUACGACAGAAUAUUGAGUGGUUUCACGGCACUGGGCAUUCCACGGGACGGCUGAUAUUCUCUUUAUCACGGCAUAGCCACCAUCUCGCUGGUCUACACGGCUCUUCCAUCGCCAUCUUCAUCGAUAUCCUAACGAAUCUUACGUCUAGCGCCAUUUUCUCACUGGUCGUUGCUUGGCAGUAUUCCUUGCCUGUUCUCUGUGUGAUACCUUUCAUCAUCAUCGCAGGUUAUUUACGAUUAUUAGUUCUGAAGGACUUUGAGAAUGCCAUAUCCGAGUGGCAUAAAUAUUCAACAGAGGUUGCUUGCGAAGCGAUUGCGUCGAUCCGGACAGUUGCUGCCUUGGUACGAGAAAAACAGAUCCUAGAGACGUAUCGUAGCACCUUGAAAGUUGCCUCCAAACUGGCAUACAGAUCUAUAUUGAGAUCCUCGGCAUUGUAUUCCUUAUCACAGAGCCUUGUAUUCUUGGUCAAUGCCUUCGCGAUUUGGUACGGUGGGCGGCUGAUGGUACAGGGUCGUAUCAACUUGUUUCAGAACUUCGCGGUUUAUAUGGCGCUGACAUUUGGGGCCCAGGAUGCUGGAGAGAUGGUGGGCCGGCCCGCUAAUGGCCUCAGUACAGCUGCUGCUUCGCUGGUUGAAUUAGGGACGUGGGAGAGUGGAAGAAAGGAACACAAUCAUCCUAAUCGAUUACGACUGCAGCCAAAGACGUAUUCGAUAUGUUUUGAGAAUGUGUUCUUCGCCUAUCAGGCUCGACCAGAGAGGCUAGUUCUUUCUGAUGUCGAUUUAACAAUUCAGCCAGGACAGCACAUCGCGAUUGUAGGAGCUUCGGGUAGCGGUAAAAGCACAAUUCUUGGCCUGCUCUGCGGCUUCUUCACCCCGUCUUCAGGAACAGUUAAAAUUGGUGGGAUUGACGUCAGUUCACUUGACUCUCAGUCAUACAGCUCGUUAAUAUCCCUCGUUCCACAAGAUCCGGUUCUCUUUCCUGGCACAAUACAGUUCAACAUUCUGCUUGGGGCCUCAGACCCCUCAAGCGUUACCCAUCAAGAUAUGGAAGAAGCUUGCCGGGAAGCAAACAUUCUUGAUUUCAUUCAGUCGCUGCCAGAGGGGUUUGAGACUUCGUGCAACAACACUUCGUUAUCAACAGGCCAAAAACAACGUCUCGUGAUCGCCCGGGCUCUCAUACGAAAUCCCAAAAUCUUGCUACUGGACGAGCCUACGGCAUCAUUAGACGCGCUUUCCGUCAACCAUGUACUUACAGCAUUGGAAUCGGCUUCGAAGGCGCGGACAACAAUUAUACUUGCUCAUAAUAUAUCCAGUCUGUUACGAGUGGACCGAGUCUACAAUUUAGAUCAAGGAAGAAUACUAGAGAGUAGUGGCCCGUCUGAGGGUUGUUAG